UAUGAAACUGUCUUCAUUUCUCAUGACAAAACUUCCUUUGUUCAAAAGUCCCCUGUUUACAUAACCACAGGCAGUUCCCAAAAAAAUAAAACAAAGCAAAAAAACGUGGUUUCAAACCAAUAGUGUUUUACAACAAUGCAGUGCAUUGUCAAAAGCAAGAACUGUUUUUGGAAAAUGGAUAGUUGAAAAUUUGUUCUGUUUAAAUCCAAGCUUCUCAGCUAUUUCGAUAUUGUUUGCCUCUGGUAUCGUUCAUGAAGGAUAAUAGAUAUGGUGCAUUUGUGUUCUUUAGCUUUUCUCUGUUUUAUUACAUUAUUUUGUUUGUCAUCUGUGACUGCUGAGAAAAAAUUAAUGUGCUCCUCGGAAUAUGUUGAUAUUUGGUACACCUUUGAUGGUCCGUUGUAUUACCUGUCAAUGACUGGUGCCCCCUGCCAUUUAGGAGUGAAUUUGUACACUGUAACUUAUACAGUAAUCCCGAUGUUCACGAUCAGUCGCUGUGGAUAUCAUGGUGUUGUUUACUACAAAGAUCAGCUGUGGUUGGAUCAUGUGCAGCCAGAUGUUGCUUGUGAAGAUAUUAAAUUCUGUUACAUCAUCAAAGGAGAAACACUUCAUGACACCGUUCCAUUUUACGUGAAAAAGUUUUUUGGCCCUGAGGGAGGGAGAGAGAGAGGAGACAGGAGCCCAAAGCCGGGCGAGAGACACCCAGCUGAUGACGUCAGUACUACAAGCCCGCCCUCGCGUUGUACCACAUUCACAUCGUUUCACUCUGUGGGUGGGCGAACGAUCAUUAAAGGCUACAGAACUGCCAAGACCCAAGUGCGCCAUCUGAACACAUUUCAGCAGUAUAUGUUGCCUUGCAGAUUGCAGUUUCUGUAUAGACUGGACUCUGAGAUGAUGUCAGACACUGACUUGCUGAAAGAUGAAUGAACUUGUGCCAUGCAAAAGGUGACAAAGAACGUCAUCAGGCCUCAGAAUAGAAACACUGAUCCAUGUGGACAGUAUUUUACAACAAUGCUAACACAAUGAUUGCAGAAGUACAUAGCCUACCACUGUGGUAAGUUACUUAAAGCUAAGCUUAGCUGAUAGACUUGGGUGAUACUUGUCAGUUUUCAUAAUGUAUCAUUAUGGGUCAGAAAUUAAUGAUUUUAAUUUAAUAAUAUACAUUUUUGGUAACAUAACUUUUCUGCUAAAACAUCACUUUUAUGUGUCAUGCUUAUUACUAGCAUAUUGGCUGUUUAUUAGUACUUAUUCUGCAUGACCAUAUUUUUAUUUAUAUAUUUAUAUAACAACUACCUUACUAACUAUUCAUAAGCAGCAAAUGAAGAGUUUACUGAGGCAAAGGUCAUAGUUCACGAUUAGUUAAUAGUGAGAAUUGGUCUCCAAACUAAAGUGUGAAUAUAGAAUGCUAUUGUAUUUUCUGACGCGUCCUGUUACUAACAUUUAGAAUUAUUCUUAGUAACAGGUGUUGUGAAUGAGUACGAAAUAAAUCUUACAAUGUGUUUGAGAAAAACGCAUGCCAAUAGUGACCCCUGGUGUCUAUCCAUCAUGUUUCUACGCAAGCAUGUCCUUGUUCAAUGGCUAAA